GGCCCUAUGAAUCGAGGGGACACGUUCACAGCCCGCUUAAACAGCUGCAAUACCAGGCUUGGCCGCUGAGCACUGUUGGAUUGCGGAAGUAUGCACUGUACCCGGGGGCUUGGGCAGCACUCUAGCCAGCACGCUAGUCUAGCCUCAUCUCUCCAUAGGACGAGACUAGCAAGGAAGUGUUCUAGCAAGGUUGCAGCCUUCACUUUGGGAAACAGCCGUUUCUCUACCUCUGAACUACUCCUGCAUGCUCAAAAGAGGGUACUGGUGACAGGCGGUUCUGGCUUGGUGGGAAGAGCCAUACAACAUGUGAUCAACGAAGAGGGGGGAGGAAAGGAUGGGGAAGAGUGGAUUUUUCUCUCCUCCAAAGAUGCCGACCUAAUGAACAAGGAGGAAACGCAAGCCGUAUUCCAAAAGCAUAAGCCCACACAUGUCAUUCAUUUGGCCGCAAUGGUGGGCGGUCUCUUUAAGAACAUGAGGGUGAAUUUGGACUUCUGGAGGAACAACAUCUACAUCAAUGACAAUGUGCUGCAGGCAGCACACGAAGUGGAUGCAGUAAAAGUGGUUUCCUGCCUUUCUACAUGCAUAUUUCCAGACAAGACCACCUAUCCUAUCGACGAAACAAUGAUUCAUAAUGGUCCACCACACGCAUCUAACUUUGGCUACUCCUAUGCAAAAAGAAUGAUAGAUGUGCAUAAUAGGGCUUAUUUUGAGCAGUAUGGGCGUAGCUACACAUCUGUGAUUCCUACCAAUGUGUUUGGUCCUCAUGACAACUUUAACAUUGAGGAUGGACACGUGCUUCCUGGCUUAAUACACAAAGCCUACAGGGCUCAAAAGGAGGGGAAGCCCUUGGUAGUAUGGGGUUCUGGCACGCCUAGAAGGCAAUUCAUCUACUCUUUGGACCUGGCCCGUCUGGUCCUGUGGGUGGUGAGGGACUAUAAUGAGGUUGAGCCCAUCAUACUCUCUGUUGGAGAGGAAGAAGAGGUGUCCAUCAAAGAAGCAGCCGAGGCAGUGGUGCGAGCACUAGACUUCAAAGAAGAAGUGGUUUAUGACACAGAUAAAUCAGAUGGUCAGUUCAAAAAGACCGCCAGUAAUGCAAAGUUGAUGCGUUACCUCCCAAACUUUGCCUUUACGCCGUUUGAAAAAGCUUUGAAGGAAACCUGUGAUUGGUUUGUGGCCAACUACGACAACGCACGCAAGUGAAACGCUGAGAUGGAAGGGUUUCAGUUGAUAAGGACAUUAAAAGACAUGUGGUGGGCUAUAGGUUAAGUUUUGCUAUGGGAACUUUUAUAAUCUUUUUAUAAUGGGUGUAAACAAUUCAAACUUGGCAUUUGUCUUCCUCCUAACAUUGAUGCAACAAAAUAAACUAGACUGCUUCUUUAAAUGGUCCAGCUCAUUGCAUAAAGAUGUAAAAUAUUCUGGCAAUCAAAGCACAUACAUACAUCAAAAGAUCUUAAAUGAGUUUGAAACAGUGUUCAUCGUUAUGUGCUUUUACGUUUAGAGGAAUGAGUGACAAAGAAUUACCGGAAGACUAAUACAAAAGUAAAAAUAAUUUAUUCAAAUAAACUUGUGAAAUAUAAAAAGACAAUGCUUUAAAGAUGCCUCUCUCCAGUUAACAACAAAAACAAACAUUUAAAAAAAUAAGUCCAAGGAAGGCUUUUCAGGGGUUGACAUAAGUGUAGCCUCCUUCAUGUACGUUGCAGUAUUCAUGUCCCCGGGUGGCGCUCCUCUUACAAGCCUUGCCCGUCUUAGUGAUGCCAUUGCACAACUGGCGCCGUGAUAAAGUGCUACCAUUGGACAUAACAAAGGGAAGUGGAAGGCAGAAAAAAGGACCGAAUGAAAGUGUGAUCAUUGCCAUUACAUUUCGAACAAAUGUAGGUCCAAAUGUUUGAAGAAAAUAACACAUACCUGUUGCCUGCUAGUGAGGUGUUGGAACUAGAAUUACGUGUAUCACUCACACUAUCAAAAACAUGGCCUAGGUUUCUUAGAGGAACGACCUUGUUUACAUCCUGUGAAAUAAAACCAAAGUUGAUUAAUAAA